UCGCUACGAGUUAUUUGUUUUUCGAACCGACCGAAGUCCUUUUUGCUUGUGUCAUUCACAGUCAGUAAACACAAUAAAUGAGCAAAAUUGAAGAAGCAGCGAUAGAGUAUGACAGGAUAGAAGACGGGACGACUCUCAGGUCUAAACGACCGCGAGAACACGACAGCCCCGUCAAUAAUGACGGUACCGAUCACUACUCCAAACGUUUUAGAGACGGCGAUAGAUCGGACGAAGUUGAAAGCGUUCACACUGAAGUGGAUGGGUAUACAGAAGGAUCUACAAACGGUGUUGACGAUGGGAAAUCAAGGUCUAGGUGGAAAGCACAUCAGAUAGUUGAGGACUAUAUCGACUUUGCAAGCCACAUGAUGCUGCUGCCGACUUCACAGCUUGGGCCAUAUGGGUACGACACAUCGAGACGACAGUUUCCGUUGGAAACUGUAUCGGCCCUAGCGUUCGUAGCUAGUCCAUUGCGCAGGCCCACCGUAGUUGAGCGAUGGUCGCCGUAUGAGAUUGCUAUUUUCGAAGGUGCCAUGGCACAAUACGGCAAAGACUUUUAUCAUAUUCACAAAUUCAUCAAGACAAAAUCAACUCAGGAGAUCAUAGACUUUUAUUAUGUUUGGAAAAAGACGUCUCAUUAUAGACUAUGGAAAAAAACGUAUAUCCCAGAUUUCCUUGAUGUUAGCGCAGGCGAAGCACGAAGUAAGAAGUAAUUCGAUAUUUUAUUCG